UUCAGAGAUGUCAGAGAUCUGCUCCAGUCCAGAUGAUCCAGAGGUCCGGAUUCUUCUGAUGGGCAGAUAUGGUUCUGGGGCAAGCUCAUCUGGAAACACUAUAGUGGGGGACAAGAGGUUUAAAAUUAAGAAGCAUGAGUCUAAGUUGUGUGAGGGCAAAACACAGAUUGGAGAGAAGCAGGUGCAUGUGAUUAUUUCUCCAGAUCCACGGGAUCCAGAUCUGUCUGUAGAGCAGCUGGAGGAAAUGAAAGUGGAGCUUGUCAAACGAUGUUCAGCAGGUCUCAGUGCGGUUCUGCUCACCGUUCCUCUAGAGCAACACGUGAAAAAUGAGGAAGAGAUCCUGGAAAAUAUUAAAGAUUUAUUUGGUCCUGAAGUUCAGAAAUACAUGAUGGUCCUUUUCACACGUGGAGAUGAACUGGAGGAAAUGGAUGAGCCAUUGACAAUUGAGGAAUAUCUACAAAGCAAAGAUCAUGCAGAUCUCCAGGGACUGGUGACUAAAUGUGAAGGAAAGUUUCACUGUUUCAAUAACAAGAGUAAAUCAGACAGUCAGGUACAAGAACUCCUGAAGAAGAUUGAACGGAUGAUCAUGAAGAACAGAGGGAAACUUACCGUGAAACAAAUGGCAAGGCGUGACAGCAAAAGAGGUUCUCCAGUCAAUUUUUUAGGAAAGUCUUCAGCUCAAGAUCCAGAUGAGCUUCAUAUGAUUCCUGAGAGGAAAGACCAGAUCAGGCUGAUUCUGCUGGGAAAAACUGGAUCUGGGAAAAGUGCCACUGGAAACACCAUCAUCGGCAGAAAAGUGUUCAAAUCUUCAGCCAGUUCAAAGUCUCAGACGAAACAGUGUCAGUUAGAAACUACAGAGAGGAUGGGUAAAGUGAUCUCAGUCAUCGACUCGCCUGGACUUUAUGAUACUGAACUCAGUAGAAAUGAGAUUAAAUCUGAAAUAGUGAAAUGUGUAACGUACGCUUCUCCUGGACCACAUGCUUUUCUUAUCAUCAUUAGAGUGGGUCGAUUCACUGAGGAGGAGAAAAAUACAGUGCAACAUCUCAAAGUAGUGUUUGGAGAACAGAUACUAAAAUACACCAUGAUCCUCUUCACUUACAAAGAUCAGUUAGAGAAGCAAAAUAAAACUAUUGAGCAGUAUCUAGAGGAAGGUGAUCCAGAUCUCAAAAAGCUUGUAGAAAGUUGUGGAAACCGAUUCUUCUGUCUGGACAAUGAGUCUGCCAGUUUCCCACAGUUCAAAGAUCUGAUCAGUAAAAUAGAGAUGAUGAUGGAAGAGAACAGAGGGACACACUUUACAAGUGAUAUGUUUGAGGGAGCAGAGAAAUUCAUUCAGGAUAUUCAGAGGCAGAAACUGAAUGAGAAAGUGAAGCAGUACAAACGGGAGCACAAACAGCUGAAUAAAACCGAAUGGAAGAAAAUAUAUUUGAGCUUAGUUGAGGAGUCACGACGAGAAGCUGAGCAAUCUUUUUCUGAUAGAAAUCUGCAACUCCUGGGGAAGACAGAGACCAGUGAGGAGGGAGCGAGCGACACGAAGGAAUCUGAGCACAAAGUAACCAGUCGUUUUAGGGCAGUUAUACUUGCAUUCACAGAGAGGAUGUGUGUGAUUCAGUGAAAACCACAAUGAUCAGAUGCUAGUGCAUCAAUAAAUCUCAGGUGGUGUAGUGGAGAUUACUUGACCAUUUUUUUUAGC